AUGGGAGCUUCUUGGAUUCACGGUAUCGGCAAAGGAGUUUAAGGACUUUAAGAAUGGAAAAAUAAAUAUAAUCCAUUAUAUCAGGUAACUCUUGAAAACAAUAUCAAAACUUUGGCUACAUGGAAGGAAAGAGAUAAUGGUGAGUAUUUGUUUUACUGGUACAAGGGAGGGGAAAUGACUUAUGAUGUUGGCACUGUAUUUAAGUUAUUUCAGAACAGCCUUGAGAUAUUGCAGGACAAGGCAAAUAUAAACACAUCUCUUAAGGAAAUGUACUCAAAGUUCAACUUAACUUAAAAAACUUCUAGUGGUGAUGCUAAGUUAGACCAAAAUAUCAAGGACUAUACCUUUGCUCACUUUUGUGGAUUUGAAUACGCCGCUGAUGCUGAUUAAAUAUCCGGAAAGUAUAUUAGCAAUGAUUACUUAUUCUUAGGCCCUGAACAUAUCUUUCCAGAUGGUUACAUUUAGAUACCUAUAACUCUAGCAAAAGAUCUAAACGUCAUUCUUAACUAGAAAAUUACUCAUAUAGACUACUCAGGAGAAUAUGUGAAUGUUAUUACAGACAACGGUCAAAUUUUUGAAGCUAAUAGAGUUAUUGUUACUGUACCUCUUGCUAUCUUGAAAAGUAAAAUGAUUACCUUUACCCCUCAACUACCUCAGUCUAAGCAAGACUCAAUUGAAAAGAUGGGAACUGGUUUAAUGGACAAGUUGUACUUGGAAUUCUAAGAUGUAUUCUGGGAUGAGGAAGCUGACUGGCUUUACUACAUCUCAGAUGGAAAUGUAAAAUGGGGAAUUACUCUUAACCAUUAUUAAUAUACAAAGAAACCAGCACUUAUUUUGUUCAAUUUUGGAAAAGAUGCGAGAGAAUUCUCAGAAUUGUCUGACGAAGAUGUAAUUAGGUCAGCUAUGGAAACACUAAGAAUCAUGUACCCUUAAGCCACUGAUUACGUGAAAUACUAUAGAUCUAACUGGAACCAUGAUUAAUUCGCAAGAUAGGCAUAUUCCUUUGUCAAGGUCGGCGCUACUAAGGAAGAUCCACUUAAUAUUGCCUAAGAUAUUGAUAAGAAGAUAUACUUUGCUGGUGAGCACACUAAUUUCAAUUUCAUAGGAAGCGCUCAUGGUGCUUAUAUUUCAGGUAUUGAUGUAGCUUCUAAGAUUAUUGAUGACUGA